AUGGCGGCGCCCGUGGGACCGGUGAAGUUUUGGAAACCGGGCACGGAAGGUCCUGGUGUCAGUGUCUCAGAGGAGAGACAGAGUCCUGCUGAGAGUAGUGGCAUAACAGUCAUCUAUAACCCUUAUGCUUCCCUUUCUAUUGAGCAACAAAGACAAAAGCUGCCUGUUUUUAAGCUAAGGAAUCACAUACUUUAUCUAGUGGAGAACUAUCAAACUCUGGUGAUAGUUGGGGAAACAGGUUGUGGGAAAUCAACGCAGAUUCCACAAUACCUAGCAGAAGCUGGCUGGACAGCCGAAGGUAGAGUUGUCGGAGUGACGCAGCCCCGUCGGGUUGCUGCUGUUUCAGUUGCAGGUCGAGUUGCUGAUGAAAGGGGUGCAGUGUUGGGUCAUGAAGUUGGAUAUUGUAUUCGGUUUGAUGACUGCACGGAUCCACAGGCUACAAGAAUUAAGUUUCUAACUGAUGGUAUGCUGGUGAGAGAGAUGAUGGCUGAUCCUUUAUUAACAAGAUACAGUGUCCUCAUGCUGGAUGAAGCCCAUGAAAGGACUCUUUAUACAGAUAUUGCUAUUGGCUUACUAAAAAAGGUUCAAAAGAAGCGUGGGGAUCUUCGACUGAUUGUGGCUUCAGCCACCUUGGAUGCAGAGAAAUUCAGGGAUUUCUUUAAUCAAAAUGAUACCGGUGACCCCAGCAAAGAUACCAGUGUGAUCCUUACUGUCGAGGGGAGAACGUUUCCUGUGGACAUCUUUUACAUACAGAGUCCUGUUCCAGAUUACAUAAAGUCAACUGUGGAAACUGCAAUGAAAAUUCACCAGAUGGAGAAUGAUGGUGAUAUACUGGCAUUUUUAACCGGCCAGGAGGAAGUGGAGACUGUUGUUUCUAUGCUCAUAGAACAGGCUCGGGCUCUUUCUCGCACUGGAAUGAAAAAACACCUCCGUGUCCUCCCCAUGUAUGCUGGGCUGCCUUCUCCUGACCAAAUGAAAGUGUUUGAGAGAGUUUCUCACAGUGUCAGGAAGGUGAUAGUAGCCACCAACAUUGCUGAGACCUCCAUCACAGUUCAUGGAAUUGCAUUUGUAAUAGAUUGUGGUUUUGUGAAGCUUCGAGCCUAUAACCCCAAAACAGCCAUUGAAUGCCUUGUGGUGGUCCCAGUUUCUAAAGCUUCGGCUAAUCAGAGAGCAGGACGUGCAGGACGGAACCGCUCUGGAAAAUGUUACAGACUUUAUACAGAGGAGGACUUUGAGAAGUUGCCCAAGUCCACCGUUCCUGAGAUGCAGCGCAGUAACCUUGCACCUGUCAUCUUGCAGCUGAAGGCUUUGGGAAUUGACAAUGUGCUCAGGUUCCCCUUUCUUUCGCCACCUCCUGCACAGUCAAUGGUGCAAGCUUUAGAAUUGCUGUACGCUUUAGGAGGUUUGGAUAUGCACUGCCGUUUAACAGAGCCUCUUGGAAUGAGAAUAGCAGAGUUUCCUUUGAAUCCUAUGUUUGCAAAGAUGCUUCUUGAAUCAGGAAAUUUUGGCUGCUCCCAGGAGAUUUUGACAAUUGCUGCCAUGAUGCAGAUUCAAAACAUCUUUGUGAUCCCUCCAAAUCAAAAAGCUCAGGCUGCCAGGCAACACAGAAAGUUUGCUGUGGAAGAAGGCGAUCAUCUCACUAUGCUUAACGUUUAUGAAGCCUUUGUCAAACACAGCAAGAGCUCUCAGUGGUGUCAGGAACACUUUCUGAACUACAAAGGGCUUGUUAGAGCUUCUGUUGUAAGAGAGCAGCUGAAAAAGCUUCUUGUCCGCUUUAAAGUGCCAAAGAAGUCCAGUGAAGGUGAUCCAGAUCCUGUUUUGAGAUGCAUAGUUUCUGGUUUCUUUGCUAAUGCAGCUAAAUUCCACUCUACCGGAGCUUACAGGACUAUCCGUGAUGACCAUGAACUUCAUAUCCACCCCACUUCAGUGUUGUAUGGAGAGAAACCUCCACGCUGGGUUGUCUACAAUGAAGUCAUACAGACUGCUAAAUAUUACAUGAGAGAUGUGACUGCCGUUGAGUCUGCAUGGCUCUUGGAACUGGCACCUCAUUUUUACCAGCAAGGAACGCAUCUUUCCUUGAAAGCAAAAAGGGUUAAAGUAGAUGACCACUGAUUUGACAUGACUUCAGUCUUGUGACAUCAGAUGGAGAAGCUACCAGUGAUUUCAAGCUGGCUACAGUCCA